AUGUCAGGUCCUACAGGAUUUCGAUGUUUAAUUGGAUGUUCAUAUACAAAUGAUUUAGACUCUGGUCAAUUACAAAGACCAUUGGCAAUGGCUUUCGACAAUUAUGGCAAUAUGUUUGUCACUGAUGAAUGGCGAAUACAAAAAUUUGUGUUUAUAAUGAACUCUUGUGCUCAAUUUACAACAACUAUACAAGCAAUCACAACAGAAAUAACAGUAGCUCCAUCAGGAACCUCAAAUUCGAUUAUCAACUCAUUAAUACUUCCAACAGGUAGAUGCACGUAAUACUAUUCUUCUUGAAGAUUGAUACAAAUAAGAGCUAUAUGAGUGUAUAGGAUCAUAUUUCUAUAAUGUCGAUAUCAUCUUUAAUUGUAGUUAUCAUCUUUGCAAUAAUCGUUCACUUGUAUGUAUAUAUAUUGAUGUCGUGCUUCGAUAAAUGAGUGAACAACCAAAUGUCAUGAAAUGAUAAGCCACCACCGUUCGUCAUUGUCACGAAACAGUAUUUUCAGCUCGUGUCACAUACGUAUCGUCCUCUCAAUUUUUUUUUUGAUUCUUUCUUACUUUCUCUUUUUUUAUUCCUGCUUGACAACGCACAUGCAUAGAGUUUAUCUUUGUACUUUGGCAACGCGAUCUUUCUCUCUGUUCAUUAUGAACAAUAUGCUUGAGCUUUCUAUGUGACGAUUACUCUUUAUCCUUUCGUCUCUUGUUCUUUGUAAAUAUUUAAACCGCUUCAAUACAUUCUUUUAAUGUAUUAAAGGACCUUGGAGUUCUUUCAUGAGUUAGUAUUUCAAAAGCUUGUUGGCAAAUCAAACGGGGACCAUGAAGCACAAUACAGAACAAACUUUGAAUCCCAAAAGAAUCCAGUUAAAUCAUAGGCGUUCAUAGGAGAUUAUCAAAAAACAAGCUGAUUAGAAGAUAGGAUGGGGGUGUGGGUGUCAUUUUCUCGUCAAUACCCACUUCGAGCAGUUUAAUAGGAUGCUCAAAAACGCUUCCAGAUUUUUUUCUGGAAUUUGAAAAAAAAACUUUUGGAAUUUUCUGGAUUUUUACUUUCACAGCUAGGAAUUCUGCUUGUGUCGUUGCUUUCAAUUUAUCUUUCUUAAGAAGAAUCAUUGGUUUGCUUUAGCUGAGAGCAGAUCAAUAUGUCAAUGAGCAACAGUAUGUUCGGAUCUGUUUGACAACUUCUGUGUUGGCUAGUAUUGGUUCUGGAGAGUGAAUCAUCCUUGAAUAGAUAAUCGAUCAAUAUGGAUUUAUAUCAUAGUAGGAAAGGGGCGUAGCAAAACUCUCUUGCAUAUUUGUAAAAAUGUAUCAUAGCCGCUAGCAUUUUUCAACUGCUCAAUAAUGUUCACUAGCUGUCCGAUUGACUGGAAUUAGAUCAACAAGAUUCAGAAGAAAAUUUAUCGCUUUGAUGAAUGUUCGAGAUGUUUUACCAAUGGCUGAUUCUUU